AUGGCGCCAAAAAGAAACACAGCAGACGACAGUCCGGCUGGACAGGCCUCUCAUUCGCGUGAGUCGUCGACAACCAGCGUCCGCCAUCCACACGCGCCCGCUACGCCCAGCCAGCUGCGGAACGCCCAUGUCCCUUCAGACAGAUCCAGCUCGCCAGAGGAAGUCAUGCACCCCCGGCGCCGCUAUUAUGACGAUGAGCCUCAACCCUCGGGUAGCGAUAGCCACGACCUUGGCUUCUCCACCGACGGCAUACAACCUGCCACCGACGCCUCUUCCGUCCACUCGAACCGCGAGAAUACCGCGUCUCAAGGUCCCAUUAUAGAGAUUGACUUUGAGCCAACGGCGCGGUCGCGACUGCUCGAACUUCAAGAUGAGGCGCCGGGGAGGCCGGGGGUACAUCGUAACUACGGUAGCUUUGCAGGCAGCAUACACUCGGAUGAGAGCUUUGGAGGUACCUUUCCGGGCUUGAGAGGGUCACCGGAUGGUGAUGGGCCAGACGAGACAAACUCGCUGCUGAGCGAUGCCUUUGGCGACGGCGUCACAAACAAGGGAGGCAAAUCCAAGAUGAGCACGACUCGCUGGUUGGCUGAGCGUCAUGGCAUCAAGGAUAAACGUAUGAUGUACUUGAAGUACUACAUACCAGUCCUCAACUGGACACGGCAGUACAAAUGGCGCUACUUCAAGGGCGACCUCAUUGCAGCCGUCACCAUGGCCUCCUUCUACAUCCCCAUGGCCUUGUCCUACGCCUCCAACCUCGCACACCUGCCGCCCGUCCACGGUCUCUACAGCUUCGCCCUCAACCCGCUCAUAUACGCCGUACUGGGCACUUGUCCGCAGAUGAUCGUGGGCCCAGAAGCACCUGGUUCGCUCCUGAUCGGAGAGAUUGUGCGCGAGAAUAUCAGAAAGGGCAAGGUCGGUGACAACGACGGCCGGCGCAAUGCUGAGAUUGCGGGUAUAGUAACCUGCAUGGCUGGUGCUUUUAUUCUCAUAGCAGGUUUCUUCAGACUUGGCUUCCUCGACAAUGUCUUGAGCCGACCUUUUUUGCGAGGCUUCAUCAGCGCUAUUGGUGUCGUCAUCUUCGUGGAUCAGACAAUACCGCAAAUGGGUUUGGCAAGACUAGCUGCCGAUGAGGUGUCUCACGGUAGCUGCUUGGACAAGGCCUUUUUCCUCUUCCGCAACCUUGGACAGGCACAUGGACUUACUUGCGCAAUGUCGUUUACUGCAUUUGCCAUCAUCAUGUUUUUCAGGGAGUUCAAGAAGCGACUGCAACCACGAUACCCCAACGUUGCCUACAUACCCGACCGAUUUGUUGUCGUUGUGCUCUCUGCAGUGCUGACAUGGAAAUACCGCCUAGACCAACAAGGGCUCGCCGUGCUCGGAGACGUCAAUUCGAGCGCCAAGUUGUUCUCUGUUCACUUCCCGUUCGAGACCUCACACCUCAAAUACGUGGGCGAUGCCGUCAAUACAGCCCUCAUUAUCGCUAUGCUGGGCUUCUUCGAGUCUUCUGUUGCGGCCAAGUCUCUGGGUAGCGGCGACAGUACCAAAGACGGCGUACACAUGCCGCUCAGCGCGAACCGAGAGCUCAUUGCUCUCGGCACGGCAAACAUUACCGGUGGUCUGUUCAUGGCCCUUCCAGCCUUUGGUGGCUAUGGUCGCUCCAAGGUCAACGCAUCCACUGGCGGUCUGACACCGAUGAGUUCCGUCUUACUCUCCAUCAUAACCAUCCUAUGCACCGUGUUCAUGUUGCCAUAUUUCUACUACCUACCCAAGGGUGUGCUCUGCGCCAUGGUUUCUGUAGUUGCAUAUUCGCUUAUUGAAGAAGCACCACACGACAUCAAGUUCUUCUGGAAGAUUCGUGGCUGGUCAGAGCUUGUCCUCAUGGGCCUCAUCUUCUUCAUCACCAUUGUAUGGGACCUCAAGCGCGGCAUCGGUGUCGGUAUCGGCCUCUCCCUACUCCGUCUCAUUCGCCACUCGGUCCGGCCGCGCAUCCAGAUUCUCGGCCGCGUACCGGGCACAGCGAAUCAGUUCUCAAAUGCGGAGUCCAAUCCCGGGGCCGUGGAGUUCAUCGAAGGGUGUCUGAUUGUCAAAAUCCCCGAGCCACUGACGUUUGCCAAUACAGGAAAUCUAAAGACUCGUCUCGGUCGCCUGGAGGAUCACGGCACCGGCAUGGCACAUCCCGCACUACCGCGUGUGCGCCGUGCAGAAAACAACAAGAACAUCAUCUUUGAUGUCCACGGCGUUACCUCGCUCGAUGGUGCGGGCGCACAGGUCCUCUCUGAAAUUGUAGAGUCGUACCGCAAACGCAACGUCCGAGUCUUCUUCUGUAGGGUGCCCAAAGAAUCAAGCCCCGUCUUCCAACUCUUCGACAAGAGUGGCAUCGUCGAAAUGUGCGGUGGAAAGCACCAUUUCGUCUCCAGCGUAGAGGAAGCGCUCCGCCUAACGGAGCUGGAACGCCUGCAAGAGGAGUGGCAGGUCGACUCGGCGGAGAGCUCCAGAGCCGUUUCUAGCACGACAUGA